AAUCGGUUCGCUCGUUCGCUCGCUUUCUCGGUCAACGUAAAAAAGAAAAAGUCAACAUUUGAGCAAGAAAAAAAAUUAGUUGCCGUUUGAAGUGCUCAGCAAAUUUUUGUAGUUAUUUGUGUAUGUGUGUGUUGAUACACACACACACAGGCAGUCAGGCGAUUUCGUCGGUUAAUUUAGUCGCUCGCUCGGCCGUCGGUGUCGUCGCAACGAAAGCGCGACGUAAUCGCAGCAACCAACCAACCAACAACCACAACAGCAGCAACAACAACAACAAAUGAAAUAAAAUCGAAAUACAAAUAAAAACAACGGCAGCGUGAAAAGCAGAAACAAAGGUGAUCGCGCCUCAGCAACAGCAAUAAUAACAACAACUACAACGCAAGCUGAAUACAAAUUGUCGAAUGUGCAAGUUUGUUGUUGUGUGGCCGUCGUGCAAAGUGAAAGAGUUGAGGGAAAAAAAAACGCGAGAGAAUAGGGAAAAGUGAAAGAAUCAACAACUUAUAAAAGUGAACAACGCACGCGUUUCUGUAUCUGCAUCUGGGUGUGUAUAAGUGUCUUAAGUGCAUGUAUUCAUAAAAUUAAAGUGCAUUCAGUGAAAAAAAAAAAUUGCAACAAUAAAAAUGAGUGCCAACAAGCGACGCCGCAAUAGCAGCAACAGCAACAAUAACAACAACACAACAAGCAGCAAAAGUAGCCGUCGCUUGCAAUUACAGCGAAUACUACAACAGCAGCAACAACAAUUGCAAACGGAUAAUGUGGAAACAAGCCAAGAAAAUGCAACUGCAGCGGGCGCAGCAGCAACAACAACAACAACAAUGUCAAAACCAGAGCCGGAGCCAGAGCAGCCGCUUUCGCCGCCAGCAAAAACAGAAACCACAACAGCAGCAGCAGAAGCCACAACAACAACAACACCACCACCACCAGUAUCGAAAACAACAGCCGUUGUUGAUUAUGAAGACGACGACGACGACGUCGCGGAGCUGCCUCGCAUGUGCCGCUGUUGCUGUAAAAAUGAAAUGGAAUUGCUGAAAUUAUUCGAGGAGAACAUUGCCGAGCCUAAAAAGCCCGAGCAGCAGGAGUGGGAGGGGGAACGAAUUAACACCUUGCUGACGCCAUCAAUGCGUCGUCGUCGCACAGCAGCAAUAACAACGACACAACAACAACAACAACAGCAGCAGCAGCGCAACUCUGAGAAUCCCGUUGAUUAUGCGUUGAGUGGCGCACGUUGCGGCAUGGAAAUUGUCCAUGAAGAAAUGCUCAUUUGGAUGCUCGACAUCCAACGUGACGACGGAUUGCCGCAGGAAAUUUGUCGUCAGUGCAAAGCUCAAUUCCUGAUGGUUGCCAAAUUUCGAAGGCGUUGCGUGCGCAUGCAGCAGCGUCUAAAGGACUAUGCCAAGGAUAUCUUGGAGCGCAAGGCACGACAAAAGAUGUCAGCCAAGAAGUCAACUCCAGAGCAGGCAGAUGCGAAGGUUGUGGAUGAGGAGGAGCAGCAGUUGCAGCACAAGAAAUUGAAAAUGGAAACGCCAGAAGCAACAACAGUAGCUUCCGAUGAGGCCAAAGAAAUGAGGCUUAUAUUCCCGCCACCAGCUACCCAAAAAAUUGUGCUAAAUUAUAAGGAAGAUAUGGAAGUGACAGCCGAGCUGCCCGAAAAAUUAAUGGCCACACCGCCCACGCAAAAGAAUCCAAAACUAACGCCAGCUAAGAAAGACUCGACUCUGACCCUCGACAACUGUGUGGACUAUAUGCAUUUACCGGAGACUCUUAUGGAGCGCAAGCGUCGCAUGCAACAGGAAGAAGAAGCGAAGCAGGCACAACAACAACAACAACAACAAGAGCCUGCUGAUGUCCAUGUUGCUGAUGCCAAGACUGAAGAUUCGGCCGAUAAUGUUGAUGCAGCAGCAUCGCCGAAGCCGGCCAAAUUGCGCAAAAUGAAGCUGCAGCUGCGAAAAGUGCGCACAAUGCCGACUCGACUCAAUGCCGCAAAGACUGAAGCGACGACAAGGUUGCAGCAGAAACAACAGCAGUCCGAGGAGCCCAUGGAAAGUGAAUUUUCAAAAGUGCCGUGGAAGACAAAAGCGGCUCGCAAGGAGAUCUUUGAUUCCUGCUCAUCGUCCACCUCAUCAUCGCCAGUUGUUGGAUCCCAGAUCGAGAACAAUUCGUCCGAGCACCUAAGCGACUUGUCUGUGGAGCAGUGCGAAGGUUUCGAUAGCGAUGCCAACUCGCCCAAUUCGAAAUCAACGACAUCCGAAACGGACAGCCUCAAAUUUCCCAAGAGCAAGCCGAAAGCAUUGGUUAACAAAACACUGCAGGGGCGCGGCCGUCGUCGACGCUCUACUUCUGUAUUGAUGCCGGCGAAACAUGCCCGUCGCGCUAUGCUACUAAAAAGAAAGGCGCUGCAGGAGUCUAAAGUGCAGACAGAUACUACUGCCGGGCUAGAGCCGAAGCUGCAAUUCGAGGAGCUCACCUCUUCGACAGAACCAAGCAGCCAGCAGGAGGCUAAGGUGGAGGUUGAUGUGCAAAGCUCUGCGCAAUCAUGUGUGCCGGUGGAGGAACCGGAUGUGUCCUCCACGCAUGAGCAGACAGAGCAACAACAGCCAACAAAGCAACCUCAAGAGCCACAGCAAUCCGAGGAGUCUCAGGCGCCGCAGCAGGAUGUUACCUCAACGAAUGAAAAAACAGAACAAAAGGUAGUCACAGAGCUGCAGGAAUCUGCCCCGGAUUCAGAGCAACCCCAGGGACAAAAUCAACCCUUAGAUGAUCCUGAAACGUUAAAGGAGCAACCUAAGCAGGCAGAGGAGCAACCACAGGUUCACACCUCCGAGCAAGCACAGCAGUUGGCUGAGAACGUCUCAGAGGUACAGGAACAACUGCCAGAGCCGGCGUCGGCCCCAGAUCAGAGCCUUAAAGAGCCUUAUCAGAUGAUGGUCAGUAUUCCGCUGGAGGCGCUCACUCAGCAGCAGCAACGGGCUUUGUGUGCGCAUCCAACCGAAGGAGUUAACAACGUGCCGAAGGAUAAUGUUGGCGUCGAUGUCGACGAUGUUAAUAAUAACGAGAACGCUGAAAAUUUUUGCCAGAGUGCUACAGCAGAUAGCUUCAAUUCUGCUGCAGCACUCAGAAAUGCACAAAUUGAAGCAAACAACGACAAAGAACUGGCCGCAAUCCCAUUACAAGUGGCAGAGACACCGCCGCCAUCGGCACAGCCACAAGAAGACGCCCAGGCGGCAGAAGAAACUCUGUCCGACACCGACUUCGAAAUGGAGAUUCAGGCACCGCGCUGUGCGCCCAAUGCGGAUGGGGCCGCCGACUCCGACUUUUUUGCUCAAUUUCAGGAGCAUUGCAAUAAAACGCUUAACACCACUCCGCCACCGCUCAGCGAAGCGAAGCGGCAACUGGAGGUGGAAAUGAACGAUGUGGAGACAACGCUAAAUGGCAUAUUGAAUGAGAUGCAGGACCAGCACAUUUAUACGCCCGUUUGUCCGCAUGUGGAUGAGUUUCUGACGCCUGCAGACUAUGCGCCACUCACAGAGCAGGACUCGUCUGGAACUGCGGCCAGCACUGACAAUAAGACAACGACCACAAAUGGAUCCAACGAAGAGCUCUCCACAAUCAUCGACAUGAAUCAGAGCCAUUACGCACAGCCGGCUGGCAAUGAGAAGACCAAUAAUACCUCUAGUGAUCCCUUUGAGACCUCAUUCGCUGGCUAUGAAGUCUUUACGCCCGUCCACAAUGGCGGCAGUAGCGCCCAGUCCGAAUUAAUUGGUUUCCAGAACGACAUACCAUGUUUUGAGACAAUUCAGGUUAGCAACAAUAGCAAUGCAAGAACUGAGUCUGCGGCACAGAGCAGUUUGCAAAUGGAGCUGACGCAGUUGCUCAAUGAACUGCAGCCCACAACGACGACGACAACGGCGGCAGCAGCAGCACCACCACCACCAACAACAACAGCAGCAACAACAACAGCAGCAUCAGAGCAACAACAACAACAAUCCUCGCAUUUAUACGAGCCACAGCAACACGUUGCUACUGCUACUGCAUCCUAUGAGCAAUCAGCGAACGUAAAUUAUGCCACAACAGCAGUAGAAGCCGCCGCAGCAGCAGCAGCAUCAGCAACAGCAACAACAACGCUUUACCAAGCAACGCCCACUCACACGGCUAAUGCCAAAUUGCAGCUUAUUAAUGUGCCCGCUGAGCCCCAAAUAAAUCUCUAUACGCAACAACAUCAGCACCAACAUCAGCAGCAUCAGCAGCAGCAGCAACUUGUGCCGCAGCAAACACAACUACAAUGGUCUACAGUGGGCGGUUUGGAGGCCAUAAAUACCUCAACACAAGUCGACAAUAUUUUGACGCACAGUGGCAACAAUAACGCAGCAACAACAACUACAACCACUUACUAUAUAAGCGCCAGCGAUCUCUAUGCUUCCCACCAUCACCAGCAACACCAACAGCAGCAGCAGCAGCAACAACAGUCAAUUACUCAGCAAAUAGAAACGCAUCAAACAUUGCCCAGCUAUGCAACGCUCCAGCCGCAACAUCUACAACAACAACUGCAGCAGCAACAACAGCAGCAGCAACAGCUAGAAGCCAAUGAAAGUUAUAUGGAGCAUGGAAAUCAACCAAUUAUGAUACUCAUACAGCAGCCAGAGCUGCAACAGCCAGUCGCAUCGGCCAGUAAUCCGCAGCAGGCGCCUUUGCAAAUCUAUGGCCCGCCCUUUAGCAAUGAGCUGCAUCAUCAACACCAACAACAACAACACCACCAACAACAACAACAACAACAGCAGCAGCAACAUCAACAGCAGCACCAGCAACAUCAACAGCAAUCACAACUUCAAGUACAAAAUCAAACAGUAUUAAGCAUACAACAGCUACAGCAGUAUCGACAACAGCAAUUGGAAAUGUUGGCCAACGGCCGGGAUCGGAUGAUCUCGCUAAAGUGUCGCUUCUGCCAUAAUGGACCACGUUUCACCAGCAGCCUGGAGUAUAGCAAACACAUUAUCGAGCUGCAUCCGGCCGUAGCGCCAUUCAAUUGUCCGCACUGUCCGCUGUCGUUUGCGGGACGCAACAAACGCUCGCAGCACAUUCUCACCCAUCAUUUUAUCCAGCGUUUCCAGUGUGGUCAGUGCGCACAAGAGUUUCCGGCCCAGCGUGCUCUCGACUUGCAUUUGCAACGUUAUCAUGCACUGCCAGAGGCUGCCACCACAUCCCAGGGGCAGGCACAGACGCAGACACAGGCACAGGCACAGUCGCAGUCGCAACCACAGUCAGCGUCGCAUGGCAACGGUGCUGUGCGGGUGGAGGAGGUGCAACUACAAUUGGCCGAACCAACUGUGGAGCUAACACCGAUGCAUUGUGAGAGAACCAGCAGCAGCAGCAGCAGCAGUGGAGGAGCUGCCGGAGGAGGAGGAGGAAUGGUCGCUUGCGGCUUAGGAAGCAGCGGAUUGCCACGCAAGUCGCGCAUACUUUGCUGUCCCGACUGCGAGGAUUGCACCUCGGCCGAUGGUCAGGGCCAUCAACAUCACUAUGAUGAGCUGGCCGCACCGCCCACAGUCUUAACACCACCCACAACAAUUGCCUCGUUGCCAUCACCCACACCAUCGCCACACAUAACGCUCCCCAGUCCGGAGCAAUCGGAGCCAGAUUCCACGACCACAUUGCGUCAGUUUCGGAAGCGUCGCAGCUCGCCUUGCGUCCCUUCACCGGCGACGUCGAUUUCGGCACCCGGCACUCCAAUGCCCCUCAUACAGACCACGCCGGCACCCUCGCCCUCCUCCUCGCCAUCGUCGUCAACCACCGAUGGCGGCGCAACACUGCAGCAGAGCGAGCUGCGUGCCGGCCAUCAGUGCAUCUAUUGCGAGGAGCGCUUCACCAACGAUAUUGCACUGAGGAAGCAUCACCAGUUGGCCCACGGUGCUCAGACCACUAUGCCGUUUGUGUGCUCCAUUUGCAAGCGAGGUUACCGGAUGCGCACCGCCCUGCAACGGCAUAUGGAAUCUCACGAUGCCGAGGGCAGACCCUACGAGUGCAAUCUGUGUAGGGUGCGCUUCCCGAGACCGUCACAACUCACGCUCCACAAGAUCACCGUCCAUCUGCUCUCGAAGCCGCACACAUGCGACGAGUGCGGCAAACAAUUUGGUACGGAGAGCGCCUUGAAGACGCACAUUAAGUUUCACGGUGCGCACAUGAACUCGCAUUUGCCGCUGGGCGUGUUUCUGAACGACGAUCAGUCCAUGCUGCCAGCCGCCAAGUCAGGAGCAGUAGGAUCAGAUAGAGUUGGAUCACCCGGCACCAUAGUCGUAGCCGAUGCUGUGGAGCAGACCGUCCUGACGCCGCUGAGCAGCGAUGAUGGUCAUGUGAGCAACAUCAUGUCGCCGACUGGCCCUCCAAGUAUUACAGUAGAAGCGGACGUUCUGCCUCCAUAACCAAUGGGGCCUCAUUAUUAUUUAGUUUAUAAUAAUUAUAUUGUCUACAAUCAACAAACAACUGGACCAGGCAGCCGUCAGUAUUCGAACGCCAAUGGGCCUUCUUCGUACUACUAUUGUUAUUUUUAAGUGCAAGUGCGACGAAAUGUUUUCCCAAGGAGCGAGUUUAUGUACACUGCGCUUCCAUUGUCAGAAUGAUUGCAACUAGAGAUAAAAGUAUUGAUAGAAUGAAUGCUACAAUAGAGCCAGCUCGACACGGAAAUACCCUGUACUCUCCAAGCAAACUAGAUCGACAGAUCGAGUUCUCUCGUCGUUCUCUCGCACUCGUUUUGCGCUUCGGGACAGGGUAUACGAAAAUCAAAUAGACUGCCUUGAAUGCAACAGAGGUGUGGCACGACCUUGCGUUUGAUAUGAUAUAACAAUAACAAUAAUGGUUAUAUACACGUAUAUGAACCAGAACUAUAGUAACCCUAACUAUAUGUAUAACUUAAUGUGUAAGCUAGUUUCUAUAUAUAAAUAAAACACAUACCUAUAUUA